AUGACCGAUGGAGGAAUGGUCGUCGAGCAUCUUGUGAGCUGGUCCUUCUUUGCUAUUGCAGUGCAUGAUGAUGAGCCAAGCUCCGUUGCGGGAGGAUAUACCUACCGUUCUGGCCUUCUCCUCCAGCUCAUGGCAUUUUCCCUCACCGACCAACUUUGGCUAUGGGCUGGCUAUCGGACAGCAGAGGGAAAAUACUACGGCACGGUUGCCAGGAUAAACGCAUGGGACCUGAAACUGAAACCUGGUCAGAUUAGCAGUUCAGUCAUGUGGCUCUCAAGUGAUGGAAACAAUAAUCAGAUCAUGGCAGCAGGUUUCCAGAUUUCCCCAGAUGCCUACAACGAUACUGAUCUUCAUUUCUUCGUAUCAUGGACAGCUGAUGGGUUCAACUCAACGGGGUGCCUCAACACACAGUGCCAGGGAUUCGUGAGCUCAACGCCGGCGGCAAGCAUCUCCCCGGGGUCUACGGUGGCACAACCGUCGGUCUACCAUGGCAAACAAGCCGACUUCACCAUCACUAUUCUCAAGGACGUAGGAGCAAGAAAGUGGUCGCUGUACGUGGACGUGUCGGGGACGAAGCAGGAGCUGGUCGGACACUUCCCCGCCUCACUCUUCACCGGCCUCCUCGCGGACCACGCGACGGAGGUCAGCUGGGGCGGCAACGCGUGGUCGUCCGCGUCGGCCGGCGCGGCGCCUCCGAUGGGCAGCGGGCACGGGCCGGGCCAGGGGUUGGGCGGGUCGGCGUACAUCGCGAGCAUCGGGGUGUUCGACGCCGGGGGCAACUCCAGCACGCCGGCGGCCGCGAAUGUGACGUCGCUGACGGACGCCAAGGAGUGCUAUGAUGCGAGCGUGUUUCAGGUCACGAAUGAUGAUGGCGCCUUCUUCUACUACGGAGGGCCUAAUGGUUGCGAUCACUAG